CUUCACCAAAGCUUCUCCCACAUUUCCAUUCCCAACCCACCUCGUCAGAAGAAGAGCCCAUUUUUCCAUCCAGGAGAAGAGCAAGAAAGAGAGUACUAUUACAACAUGCCCAAGUACGCAUCCGAUUCCGAUGACGAGGUGUCUGCCGUGCCUUCCAAGCUCUUCCGCCGGCAGAAGCCAAUGCGUGCUCUUCUCGGAGGAGGCCGAGUUGCGGAUGUAUUGCUCUGGAGGGACAGGGCGGUCUCUGGUGCACUGAUGGCCGGGAUCUCGUUGGUAUGGUUCCUGUUCGAGGUGGUGGACUACAAUUUCGUGACUCUUUUGUGUCACAUUUCCAUCACGGCAAUGCUCGUUUUUUUCAUUUGGUGCACUGGUGCUGAUUUCUUCAACUGGAAACCUCCACGGAUCCCAGAAAUCGUGCUGCAUGAACAUACCUUUAGAGAAGCUGCCACAGUCUUCCACAGAAGAUUCAAUCAAACGUUGGCCAUUCUCCUUGACAUCGCCUGCGGAAGAGAUCCACGACUCUUCUUUCUGGCAAUUGUGUCUCUGUACAUAUUAUCAGUGGUUGGCACCUAUUUCAGCUUCCUGAAUUUCCUUUAUCUAGGGUACGUUGGACUGCAAACGCUUCCGUUUCUGUACGAGCGGUACGAGGCUGAGGUCGACUACUUUGCUGGAACCUUGAUGAGAGACAUCAGGAGGGCAUACAGGAAGUUCGACUCCAGGGUUCUCAACAAGAUACCAAGAGGCCCUGUCAAGGAAAAGAAGGCCCGGUAGAUUAAAAAAAGUUCCACUCUCUACUUGUAUCAUAAUCACACACACAUACCCGUUAAAUACUUACAAUUGCGCCAUACUGCCUGUACAUAUUGGAAUCGCAAUCUACCCACAAUGUUCAAGAUCAAUAUCAAAUAUAUUAGUUCAUUUAUCAAAAAGCAUUCAAUCCCAGAGUUCACCUGCUGCAUGACAAUGACAAAUUGACAAUCCGAUCAUGAUAACAAUUACAAGCCAAACCAACCCAGAAAGGAAAGACUGAAACUUCAAUAGCAUUCCUUAGGAAAGCAAAUUCAUCACAUGACUUGGAACCUAAAUGCGUUGAUGCCUAAACUAACCCAGAAAGGAAAAACGAAAACUUCAACAGCACUCCUUCGGAAAGCAAAUUCAUCACAUGACUUGAGACCUAAAUGCGUUGAUGCCUAUCCAUACUCCUAACCUCUAAUGCCGCUUCCAUAAGGGACUUGAGACCUAGAUGAGAGCUAGCUAUACUAAGCAUGGUUUUGGUCAUUCUCAUAGGAGCUGUCAACUGUUUGAGUAAUCGGCCAAUUUUGCAUAUCAAAGGAAAUCUUCAGCAAUAUAGAGCAGCAAUUUAA